GUUGGUGGAAGUUGAGAGUAACAUUUCUUGGAGCUGACAAGAUUAGUUCGCUGCGCUCCGAUGCACUUAUCGAUGGGUAAAUUGAGCACACUGCUGGUGGGUCUCGUACUGGCCGGUGCCGUCCUGGGCGGAAAGACCAGCUCCAGCUCCAAAUGUCAGGAAAAGUCCCUAACGACGGCCAGCGGACUGAAGGCACCAUCCGGUCCGUUCUGUCCGGGGGAUCUAAUUUUCGAGGACACGUUCGAUGGAUUCGAUCUGGAUACCUGGCAGCACGAGAACACGCUCGCUGGCAAUACGGAUACCGAGUUCCAGUGGUUUACCAACAACCGUACGAAUUCGUUCGUUCGCGAAGGGAACCUCUUCAUUCGACCGACGCUGACGGUGGAUGAGUUCGGGGAGCCGUUUUUGCGCUCUGGAGUGCUGAACGUCCACGGCGGCUCACCGGCAGAACAAUGCACCAAACAUUCGCCGGACGGAUGCGAACGUACCGGGUCCCACGGGCAGGUGCUGAAUCCGGUAAAGAGCGCCAGCAUUCGGACCGUCGACUCGUUCGCGUUCAAGUACGGGAAGGUGGAGGUAAGCGCCAAGCUGCCGGCCGGUGAUUGGCUUUGGCCGGCGAUUUGGUUCCUUCCGAAGGUGAACGCGUACGGCCGCUGGCCUGCGUCCGGCGAGAUCGAUCUGCUCGAAUCGAAGGGCAAUCGGGAUCUGAUUAAGAAUGGCAUCAAUGUCGGCAUCGAGCAGGUCACGUCCACGCUAAAGUUCGGUCCGAACGCGGCAUACGGUAGCGGGUACGGGGCUCCCGGCACUUCCUUCACGCGCAACUCGGAAUCGGGCAAGGGGUACCAUACCGGGUUCAACCGGUACCAGAUGGAAUGGACGCCCGAUCAUGUAACGUUCAGCAUUAACGACAUCGAGACGGGCACGGUGAAGGUCGGUACCGGCUUUUGGCAGAAGGGCAACUUCAACAUCAGUACGCCCGGCAUCGAUAAUCCGUGGCGGUACGGUAGCAUUAUGGCCCCGUUCGAUCAGGAGUUCUACUUCAAGAUAUCGGUGGCCGUCGGCGGGUCGGAGUACUUCUCCGACGAUGACAUUAAUCCGACGCACAAACCCUGGCACAAUGGGGCACCGAACGCGAUGACCGAGUUCUGGAAUGGCAAAAAUGAUUGGUUGCCAACGUGGAAGCUGGACGAUGCCGAUUCGAAGGAUGCAUCGAUGCAGGUGGACUACGUGCGCGUCUGGGCUCUGUGAUGUAGGGUGGAGGGAGAGGGAGGGAGAGAGGGGAGGAGAAAUUGCAGCAAUGUCCAGUGACCUAUCCAUCAUGGUAAAGCAGUGAUAGAAGCCCCGCGUGAUUGGAUUGUUACUUAGAUUAUACAGACUACCAGUGAAAUCAUGAUCUAUGCAAAACGAAUUCUAGUUGAUCGAGUUGAUCUAGUUGACCAAAGUGAAUAAAAUGAAUGGUAAAAACC